AUGGCGGACAUGGCUGAAUCCACGCAAGAUCAGUCAUCCGCCGCCCACCGCACCUUCCAGGUCCCCGAGCUCUUAGAGAUGAUCUUCCUCAAAGCCAGCAUCACAGACCUCCUCACCAAGAUGCCGCGAGUCUGCAAACACUGGAAAGCCACCAUCGAAGGCUCCAUCAAGCUGCAGCGAGCACUCUUCUUCAAGCCCUCGGCCGACGUCCUCCUCCACCAAGACGAAGAAAGCCUCGAGAAUAUGAGUCUGGGUGAGGUCUACAUCCAAGGAACCGAAGACACGUGGAACUACCCAGUGAUCGCCAAUCCGUUCCUGUUCCAACUUACCAAUGACUAUCUCAUCAGCUGGAGCGACGCCUCUCACAUGCCGAAGGGUGUCGAGCGUCCAGAGGCCUCCUGGCGCCGUAUGCUGGUUACUCAACCUCCGAUGGCUCAGCUCGACGUCCAUUCGCAGUGGUGCGGCUGUCAAAAUUUUGCUCUAGAUCUUGAGUGCUGGACCAAGACUUCCAUCCAGGGUAAGGAGGCUGCAAAACUUGGGCAGGUGGUGCGGGAGGGAGCGACGCCGAUGUCCACGAGCAGGUGGGAAAAGAUGCAUGCGGAAUCGGCGGGACGCAUGGUGACCAUUCUCGAAGUCGCCUUGGAGUACGACUUGAUAUGGACGCUCGAACACGGAGGGGCAAUUGCACAGUCUGAUUAUUUGCUCGAUCGGUGGGCUUAA